AUGCGCUUCGAAUAUUGGAUGAUCAGUAUCGUUAGGUUCCUUGGCCUGUCGUCUUUCGUUGGAAAUGACCAGGAGCCCUUGCAAGAAGUCCAAGGCCCAGCCUCCUUGAGCGUAGGCAAUGUUGUGAACGACAAUGUACAGACUCCGCCGGUAUUUGAACCUCCCGGUGCCCCUGAGAACCCGGACGAUCGCAUUAGUUGCGUAUAUGAUAUGGAAAACUGGAAAUAUCCUGAUUCAUCAGAAAAAAGAGCUGUCUGGCUCCAACAUAAAACCAAUGGUUACGAGUUCAACAUCUCCACGGAUUAUGAGAAAUAUUGGCCGAGAGGAAUAACACGCAAAUAUCACGUGUUCGUCAACAAUGAUACGAAAGCAAACUGGGAUGGAAUAGACUUCCCUGGGGCCAAGUUGCUUAAUGGAACCUUCCCUGGGCCAUGGAUCCAGGCGUGCUGGGGCGAUGAAGUUGAAAUCACGGUGACGAAUAACCUGGCAUACAACGGAACUGCAAUCCAUAUGCACGGAAUACGCAUGCUAAACCAAAGCCUUAUGGAUGGUGUUCCUGGCGUGACCCAGUGCCCGAUUGCACCGGGAAAAAGCUUUACCUACAAAUUCACUGCCACACAAUACGGUACAACUUGGUAUCACAGUCAUUACUCACUUCAAUAUAGCGAUGGUGUUUUGGGUCCUUUGACAAUUCAUGGGCCCACGUCUGAUAACUGGGACUACUCAAUCGAUCCGAUUCUCUUAGGAGACCAUAACCACCGAAGUGCGUUUCAAGAUUAUUAUCAGGAACAGUUUGCUGGGAUCAAGGGGAGUGCUGUCAAGGCGCCACCGAAGAUGACAAGUAUUUUGCUGAACGGGAGAGGGAGUUAUGCUGGCAUUGUGCCGGAGAAAUAUAAUACAACAGUGAAAGGGGGAAAACGGUACCUGUUGAGAUUGAUCAACACUUCCACAGAUACAACUUUCAUAUUCGCCAUUGAUAACCAUAACUUCACGGUCGUCGAAGCGGAUUUGGUGCCCAUAAAGCCAUAUAUAACUGACCAUCUGGCUAUCGGAAUUGGUCAACGAUACCAUGUUGUUCUUAAUACCUGGCCUGACAGCCAACGCAAUGAAACAGAUGAAUUCUGGAUCCGCACCGUUCCUGCCGAUCACUGUAACAACUUUAGGGAUACACUUGAUGUACGACAGGGAAUUCUCUACUACGAAGCUCAUAAGAGCAAAUGGCCGCAGACAAAUGAGGGUCCUUAUAAAUAUAUAUGCCGUGAUGAGCCCUUCGACAAGUUACAGCCAAUAUUGAACUGGAAUAUUACCCCUCUCACAGAGAAGGACAAGCAAGACUUUGUCAUACCGAACUCCACUAUCAUGCUUGCAAAUUGGAGUCUGCCAUCACCUCCGAAAGAGAGUGAUGUGGUUAACAACUGGAACGCCCAGGAGCACCCCAUCUGGGUCAACUAUACGGAACCAACAGUCAAGAAUCUUGACGGUUCGUUCGGUCCCAAUGCCGUUGUGUACUCAGUCUCUGCAAAAGAUUCCGCCCAUAAGAACUGGAAUUACAUGGUGAUAAUUGGCAACCAGAAGACAAACCCAGGCCCAUCGAAAGGAGGAAGACUAAUUCCCGCUGCACAUCCUAUCCAUAUGCAUGGCCAUGACUUUGCACUCCUGCAGCAGUCAGAUGAACCCUAUGUUGAUCAAAAUUCGCUGAAGCUAACAUAUAACAAUCCACCCCGUCGGGAUGUUGUCUUGCUUCCAAGAAAUGGCUUUAUAGUGAUCGCCUUCCGGGCUGACAAUCCGGGCGCUUGGGCAGUUCACUGCCAUAUCGCAUGGCAUGCCUCGGCCGGCCUCGCAUUCCAGAUCUUGGAAGACAAGGAUAUGUUCAAGACGCUAAUGGAGAGCCAGAAGGAUGAUGUUAAACAACUGAACCAAAGCUGUAAGGAUUGGGACAUCUGGUUUAAGAAUCCGAAAAACCACUGGCACCCCGACGGACGAUUCCAGGACGAUUCGGGAAUCUGA